AUCAAAUUCAUUUUCCAAUUAUAACAUUAUUAAGUACUAUUACUAUACCAUUUGCAAGCCAUGGGAUUCUUGAAAAUCCUUCUUGUUUUCAUCUUUUGCUCUUUCCCAUGGCCUACUAUUCAGAGUAAUCUCGAGACUUAUCUAGUCCAUGUUGAAUCCCCCGAAAGCCUAAUUUCUACUCAAUCAUCGUUAACGGAUUUAGAUAGCUAUUACCUUUCUUUUUUGCCUAAAACUACUACCGCAAUCAGCUCUAGCGGAAAUGAAGAGGCUGCUACAAUGAUCUAUUCUUAUCACAAUGUGAUGACAGGGUUUGCAGCAAGAUUAACUGCAGAACAAGUGAAGGAAAUGGAGAAGAUACACGGCUUUGUCUCCGCUCAGAAACAGAGGACUUUGUCCUUGGAUACUACUCAUACUUCAAGCUUUCUUGGUUUGCAGCAGAACAUGGGUGUAUGGAAGGAUUCCAACUAUGGAAAAGGCGUGAUUAUCGGAGUUAUAGACACUGGAAUUCUUCCUGAUCAUCCUUCGUUUAGUGACGUUGGGAUGCCUCCUCCGCCUGCUAAGUGGAAAGGAGUUUGUGAGUCCAAUUUCACAAACAAGUGUAACAACAAGCUCAUUGGAGCCAGGUCUUACCAACUUGGCCAUGGUUCCCCGAUAGACGAUGAUGGACAUGGUACACACACAGCAAGCACAGCAGCUGGAGCGUUUGUGAAUGGUGCCAAUGUAUUUGGUAAUGCUAAUGGCACUGCUGCUGGUGUUGCCCCUUUUGCCCACAUAGCGGUAUAUAAGGUAUGUAAUUCUGAUGGUUGUGCUGACACUGAUGUCUUAGCUGCUAUGGAUGCAGCUAUAGAUGAUGGCGUAGAUAUCCUUUCUAUAUCUCUUGGUGGAGGUGGUUCGAGUGAUUUCUAUAGUAAUCCUAUUGCUCUUGGGGCAUAUAGUGCAACAGAAAGAGGUAUUCUUGUAAGUUGCUCUGCCGGCAAUAAUGGUCCUUCUACUGGCUCAGUAGGAAAUGAAGCCCCGUGGAUUCUUACAGUAGGCGCUAGCACUCAAGAUAGAAAGCUAAAAGCUACUGUUAAGCUUGGAAAUGGAGAGGAAUUUGAAGGAGAAUCUGCUUAUCGUCCAAAGAUUUCCAACUCAACAUUCUUCGCUCUAUUUGAUGCUGGAAAAAAUGCAAGUGACGAAUUUGAAACACCUUAUUGCAGAUCAGGGUCACUUACUGAUCCCGUUAUAAGAGGAAAGAUAGUCAUAUGUUUGGCAGGUGGUGGAGUUCCGAGGGUUGAUAAAGGGCAAGCUGUAAAGGAUGCUGGAGGUGUUGGCAUGAUUAUAAUCAACCAGCAGCGUUCUGGUGUCACUAAAUCAGCCGAUGCUCAUGUGCUUCCAGCAUUGGAUAUUUCUGAUGCAGAUGGAACAAAAAUCCUUGCUUAUAUGAACUCAACAUCGAACCCUGUUGCUACAAUCACGUUCCAAGGAACGAUAAUUGGAGAUAAAAAUGCUCCCAUAGUAGCUGCAUUUUCGUCUCGCGGACCAAGUGGAGCUAGUAUUGGCAUCUUGAAACCUGACAUAAUCGGUCCUGGUGUUAAUAUCCUUGCUGCUUGGCCUACCUCUGUGGAUGAUAACAAAAACACCAAAUCCACAUUCAAUAUCAUAUCAGGCACAUCAAUGUCUUGCCCUCACCUUAGUGGCGUAGCUGCUCUGCUGAAGAGCACACAUCCUGAUUGGUCUCCUGCUGCUAUUAAGUCUGCAAUGAUGACAACAGCUGACACAUUAAACCUAGCCAACAGUCCAAUACUAGACGAAAGGCUCCUUCCUGCUGACAUUUAUGCAAUCGGUGCAGGACAUGUUAAUCCAUCGAGGGCAAAUGAUCCAGGACUAGUUUAUGAUACACCAUUCGAGGACUAUGUACCUUAUUUAUGUGGUUUGAACUACACAAAUCGGCAGGUAGGUAACCUGUUACAACGCAAGGUGAAUUGCUCGGAGGUGAAAAGUAUUCUUGAAGCACAAUUAAACUAUCCUUCGUUUUCCAUAUACGACCUUGGAUCAACUCCUCAGACAUAUACCAGAACUGUGACCAAUGUUGGUGAUGCUAAAUCAUCUUACAAAGUGGAGGUAGCUUCACCAGAAGGCGUUGCCAUCGAAGUUGAACCCUCCGAGCUAAAUUUCUCCGAGUUGAACCAGAAGUUGACAUACCAAGUGACAUUUUCCAAGACAGCUAAUAGCUCAAACACUGAGGUUAUUGAGGGAUUCUUGAAGUGGACUUCUAAUAGGCACUCAGUGAGAAGUCCAAUUGCACUUUUGUUGAUCCAAUGAAAAUUUGGCUAUAUAACUGCAUAAAGUACUCAAACAUUUGAUUAUAGUGAAAGUUCUGUUUCUUUCCACUAUAUGCUUCUUCUUUUUUUUUUAAACUACAGUACUAUAUUGAUAAUUAUUUGGUCUUUAAUAUUAAAUACUGCUUCAAUGUUUGUUCACACC